CUCACUGGAAAUGUUCUUUUAAGGACCUUCUCGUUAAGUAAACCCUUAAUGUUUGUAUUUUACGCUGGAAAGAGCGUUUAGGAUUUUUCCGUUGUUCACUUGGACAUGUUGCGCAGCGGCGCAGCUGCGGGGGAUUGAAAUAACGCUGCCGUUGCCGGAGUUUUCCGAACCUCGCCAACAUCUCGGGCACCGCAUCUUUGGGCAGGUGCUCUUUUCUGAGUGUGUUUGAAGACGGUGCCAUGCGGAAUCUGGAACCGCACAUCGAAAGGCUGUAAAACCUGCUGGAAACGCGACAUUUACGCAGAGAUGGGAUCCCUGGUGAGAUCCCGUUGGCUGAUGAUCCCCCUGCUCGUGCAGGCCUGGCUCUUGGCUUCCCAAGGCAGAGUCCGAGAGAAACCGUGUCCCCGAAGCUGCCGCUGCGAUGGCAAAAUAGUGUAUUGUGAGUCAAAUGCCUUCCGUGAUGUGCCAAAGAAUGUUUCCGUGGGAUGCCAGGGCCUCUCUCUGCGGUACAACAGCUUGGUGAACCUCAGGGCUGGUCAGUUUGCCAGCCUCAGCCAGUUAGUCUGGCUGUACCUGGACCACAACUACAUCAAUGCAGUGGACAAACAAGCCUUUCAGGGUGUUCGAAGACUAAAGGAGGUGAUCCUCAGCUCCAACAAGAUCACACAUUUGGAAAACAGCACGUUCCAUUCGAUCCCCAACCUACGCAAUCUGGACCUGUCCUACAACAAGCUUCAAGUCCUGCAGCCGAAUCAGUUCCAGGGCUUGCGCAAACUGUUGAGUCUCCACAUCAGAUCGAAUUCCCUCAAGACGGUUCCCAUGCGAGUGUUCCAGGAUUGUCGAAACCUAGAGUUCCUUGAUUUGGGCUACAAUCGGCUGCGAAGUCUUACCCGUAAUGCAUUUGCGGGUCUUCUCAAACUGACGGAGUUACACUUAGAGCACAACCAAUUCUCAAAGAUCAAUUUUUCUCAUUUCCCAAGGCUGAACAACCUCCGCGCUUUGUAUCUGCAGUGGAAUCGGAUAAAGUCGAUAACCCAGGGAAUUACAUGGACCUGGACCUCUUUGCAAAAGCUGGAUCUUUCUGGAAAUGACCUGCAGGUUUUGGAUUCAAGCAUCUUCCAGUGUCUCCCUAACUUGCAGACUCUUAAUCUGGACUCCAAUAAGCUAAGCAACGUGUCUCAAGAGGCCAUAUCAGCUUGGAUCUCUCUUACUACCAUCAGUCUUGCUGGUAACAUUUGGGAAUGCAGCCCCAGCUUAUGCCCCCUUGUAGCUUGGCUGAGGAACUUCAAGGGGAACAAGGAGACCACCAUGAUUUGUGCUGGACCAAAGGAGGUUCAGGGUGAGAAAGUCAUCGAGGCUGUUGACACACAUGGAAUCUGUAAGAUGACCCCCACUCCUUACCAACCGAUCUCCUCCACCGUAAGCUCCCCAUCCAAACCUGGACGUUUCCCCCUGCCCACCAUGUUCAGGGUGAAUGAGAAAAUAACACGCAACAACGCUGUUGUGCCUUCCCCGACGGAUGCCUCCCCACCCGUCCCUGAGCAGGACUUCGAGCAUGUUUCGUUCCACAAGAUAAUUGCCGGCAGCGUCGCCCUCUUCCUAUCUGUGGCCAUGAUCUUGCUAGUGAUCUACGUCUCCUGGAAGCAUUAUCCCAGCAGCAUGAAGCAACUGCAGCAGCAUUCCAUGGUGAGAAAACGCCGGAAAAAGGCGCGGGAGACAGAGCGCACCCUCAGCUCCCCGCUUCAGGAAUAUUAUGUGGACUACAAACCCACAAACUCUGAGACCAUGGACGUACUGGUCAAUGGGACAGGACCAUGUACCUACACCAUCUCCGGCUCUCGAGAAUGUGAGGCCCCUCAACAGAUGGGCACAUUGGCGUUCUACAGGUACGAGCAGCCCAUCGUGGACUACUGCCAGGCUCACCAGACCCUGCACAUGAACAGGGGCUUUGAGCCCCCGUCCCAGGCCCUGGAGGGGCUGGGGGCACGAGAACGCUGCACCGUCCCAUCCGCUGGCCUCCUUCCUUCCGUGCCUGCAGCCCCUCUGUCAGACAUCCGCACCCUACCGCAGUGAGCCGGAGCUGGACUCGUCCCCGUCGCCUGCUCUCCUCCACGAACGUCCCCGGGGGCGUACUCUCUACCCCCAACAUGAACCCUUCGCCAGACCGAAUCACAGAUAUAUGGGACAGCGUGAUGGCCUACAGACUCUCAGGAGAGGACUCUGUCUUUGUCGUGAAGUGGGUUAAACACUCUCGGGUUUGUCAUUCGCAAGAAUCAUCAUUGUAGUGUACGAUCGAUGUGUUUGGAAUUGGGGGCAAAAAAAGCAUUUUAUUCUGGUAUUUCGGGCUUUUUGUGAGCUCAACCCUCUAAAUUAUUCAAAAGCAUCAUGCUGCCGUCUCAAAUGGGAAAUAAAUAUCAAGUUUGAUUGACUUAACAGCACGCAUACUCACAAGAUUGGUGUUCGUUCUCCCAUAACCAGAAGUAAUUAAACGUAAACCAGCGCCCCUUAAAUGGAUUCGAGGAAUUUCUGAGCAUAAAAAUCCCUUUCAUCUCUUUCUAAUAAGGCCUUUCAGAACGACUCCUGCCUUGUGAAGUCAGCGAGAAUUGCUGUAUAUGAAAUUGCCCAAAUUUAAUUCCUUAAGGUGAGCUGGCGAAUUUGAAUUGUAAAUGAUAAUAUGACCCUCACUUGAUGGCUUCUCUAUUGUGAAUCUUUAAAACGAGUCUUGAUCGUUCGGUAUUACGAUGAAAGAACCCAUCAUGCCAUGCCCGUUUUACUCUGAAAAUCACUGACAGCUGUGACAUAAUUUAUCAGUGCUGUUU